CUCUACUUCCUUCCUCUCCCUGUGCUUGACAGACAGGCAGAGAGGUCGAUGCUUUGUUUUGGAUUGUUUUUGUUUCGGAAUACCCUCUGCUUUUCUGAAACAGUCGCCCACAGGAUUUUUGCAGAAUAUUACAGAGCUAUAACUCCAGUUUAUAGAUAAGAGCAUGUCUAUCGUCAUCCUACCCAGUGAUCGGAGUCUUAUUCGUUGGAAUAAAUGGCUAGCAGUACACGGUGUUCUGACUGUUAGCACGAAUUAAACAAAUGAUUCUAGCGGUGUUUUGUUUUAAAUCCUGCCAAACUUCGAUCACACCACAUCCAAGCUUUUUUUGUUAUUGGGACCACCGUCUACGUGGGCGUUGACAGUUUCCCAUAUUUGGAAAUCUGUACAAAACGAGCUGUCUGCUAGUCAGCGGGGACAUCCACAUACCAUAGAUGUUGUUUGCGUGACGUGUUUCCCUGGUGACCGUGACGUUGAUCGUUGACACUUGCAGUGAUGGAUAGUGAGAUUCGACGGCAGGUGGGGCGUGAGCUCCGGAGCCUGCUAUCGGUGACCGUCCCCGGCCAACUGCAAUCCCAUCGCACACGCGCAGCUACUCUACCCAGACUUGGCAACUCACAACAGGUGGAUGAGGCCGGUCCAAGCGUGGAUGUGCAUGCGAAGCAAGUCUGCCUAGACCUGGAGAGGGCAACACAAGUCAUCACACAAGCACUACAGCAUGAGGUUUCCAGGAACCAGGAGCUGUGCGUUCUGAUAGGUCGACUGGAGGAGAGGGAGGCGGAGGGUGGGCGGGCCUUCACAGAGCUGCUGGAGUCACACAGGCAGCUGAAGCUGAAAAUUAGUCAGUUGCAGAAGAGUCAACAAGAGAAAGACGCGUCACUCAAACAGGCCAACCAGACGGUGGCGUUCCUGAAGGAUGAGCUGAAGGACCUGCAUCAACAGCUUCAGAUCUUACAGAAUCACCACAGCAGUGGGGCUGCAGUGUCGUCCGGUCACAGGCAGGGGGCAGCAGCGGUGUCGUCUGCAGGGCUGCAGGUCUCACCCCAAACACCGGAGGACGAUGUGGAGUCAGUACCGCUUAAAGAGGAACUCACAUACUCACAGCAGGAGGGCAGCAGCGAUGACUCAUCCACGCAGACAGCUGAAGAAACCAUCAAAACAGAAGUCACAAUGGAGGAGGAAGAGAGCUGUUCGACUCAGAUGACAGCUGAUGCUUCAGUCUCCAUGUCGAUAACGGAAACAGGCGAUUACGGCCAGCCUGUGGAGGAGAGUGAAGACCUUACAGGCAUCCUGUCAGCUGAAGACAUCAAGACAGAGGAGGAGGAUGGUGUUGAGCUUGUGAGCGUCCAGACGGCUGCUGAAGCUUCGGGCUCCAUGAGGAGGACACGAGGGCUUCACUUCGACUACAGACAACCUGUGGAAAUGGAUUCAUCUGGAACAGAAGAAGAUGGGGCCACAGGAGUCCGUGCUAGCCUGGAGCUGCAAGAGCGGUUGAUGCUGGGCUGUAUGGAUGAAAGUCUGGAUCGGUCUGGAGUCGACUUGUGUCCCGUGUGCAGAGACAAGGUGUCCGGAUACCACUACGGCCUCCUGACCUGCGAAAGCUGCAAGGGCUUCUUCAAGAGAACGGUUCAGAAUGGGAAGCGAUACAGUUGCCACGGUAAUCAGGAUUGCCACAUCGACAAGUUCACGCGGCAGCGAUGCGCCCACUGCAGAUUCCAAAAGUGCCUGAGGGUGGGAAUGCGGCUGGAAGACGUGACACUAGACUUGCCUGAAAUUCGUGGGAUGAAAAGGAAGAAUGACGACGAUGGCUUUGAUCUGAAAGAGGAAGAGGAGGAGGUAGAACAUCAGGACAUUUCCCCAGAAGCGUCUUGCUCCAGCGAGGCUGCUUGGACUGCUUGGACUGCUCCAGAGCCUCCUGAGCCAUCCUGUUCCUCCUCCGGCCCGAAGAUCAGAGGAACACCCACGCAGAGGACAAGAACAGAGGGACACCCAUCCAAACACCCAGACGCCCAAACCCGGUCAAGAAUGACAACUGUUGAGGGUGUAGUCGGUCGCUACAAAGAGGCCUUUAAGCUCUUCAAAGAGCUGGGCUCCAUGAAAAACGCCUUUGAAAGGAUAAACGUGGACCGGAACACCAUUGCCCGCACAGCCAUCGUCGGGGAGUUGGCCAUGGUGUUCCCAGACGUGCUCAGAUGGGUCCGCGAGUCACAGGUGACCGACAGGACGGAGAAGAUUGCGGACUUCGUGGAGCGCUGUCGUCAGGCGGUCAGCGAGGACAUGCACGCAGUGCUGAGACACAUGAAGAAAAGUGGAGACCUACUGCCAAUCACACACAAAUACACAUGAGGAAGAUUGUAGAUUACAUAAAUAAACCUGAAUAUACCUGAAGAAGAGAAUAGAUUACAUAAAUAAACCUGAAUAUUGAUUACACAUAAAUACACAUGAUUAUUGAUUACACAUAAAUACACUUGAGUGCUGAUUACACAUACUGUAAAUACACCUGGCUACGGAUUACACAUGAAUAUGCCUGAUUAUUGAUUACAUAUAAAUGCACCUCAGUGCUGAUUGCUCAUGAAUACACCUGAGGACAUGAACAAGAGCUACCGAUGGGCCAUAAACAUACCUGGGGAAGAAAUUAUGGUUUUGAUUUUGUUUUGUUUUGUUGGCUUUUUUCCCCCAACUCAUUAGUUGUUCAAUGUUAUGUUAGAGCGAUAGCAUCAUUUAUGGAAAUAUAUCAUCUUCCGUUUGAGUUAAGUGGCAAAGGUAAAACUCAAUCAUUUAAAAAGUGAGACGGAAAAUUAGCUUAUUUCCAGAAAUUGUGCAAUAUCGCUUUAAUGUCAGUUAUGUGCAUUUAAAGGAACAGUCCACUCGUUUUUGAUUUUGACAUAUUUGCAGUAUUUCCAAGCAUUAUUCAUGAAUGUGCGUAUCAUUUUCUUCUCCGUGUUUUCAGUACCGUAAAUCCUCUAAUUGUGGCCUGUAUUCCAAUACUGGCCGGGAUUCUAAUAUUGGCCGGUCUCGCGGUCGGCGGAUGUAAAUUGGGGCCGGUCUCUUGUACAGGCCGGGUCUAAAAAUAGAAUCAAUGAUUUAUUUUCCGUUUACCGGAUAUCUCAGGUUGUUCUCAAAAUUCACAACUGUAAUCAUUAAGCUGGUUAACAUUAGACAUAGUUCCUUACUCCGAAAAAGGACUCAUUUGCUACUAUAAAACAAACGGUACAGUCAAAGACUAGUUAUUACAUGUGAGCAGUGUGUUAAUAUCAGCUGCGUGAGAGCGACCGCUUCGGUCAGCUUUCCUGAAGACGCGUGGGUAACCUAUAGCAACAACACGAGCCCGGAAUACAGCCAGAGGCAGAGCGCGCCCAUACAGAAAGAGAUUUUGCCUUGGUUGCAAAGUUGUGAGAGCCCUCGUCGUAAAUGCAUUUGGCUGUCAAACUUUUACUAUGCGUUGCCAGUGGAGGAAAAUAGAAGGCACGCUACAGUAUUACACAAUAAUAUGGCUACCUUGCUUAACCUUCAUAUUUCAGUAACGUACGCUUCACACAUAGAGAUUGCUUCAGGCUACGGACCGGAGACAGAAAUCGCAUGUAGGCCUAUAUUUCCCCGACAUUUGGCUGCAGCAAGAAACCGGUUGCCUUGGGAAGUGGAGUAAAAUAGGGAGUGAAACAGUCGCAGAUAUUGGAAUACGACCGUCAAUGUCAAUGUUGUUGCCGCAUGUCGUGUCCAUAAGCUCAAGGCGAGAACGGGAGGAAAGACUAACAGAGGAGGAAGGGACACACGCCUCAUGAGUAAAAAAUGGACCGACGAUGGUCUCCUAGUCAUUCGCACCAUACCGUAACUACCGUAUUAUGGUAACUGUAGCCUACUUUUUCAGUAAAUGAACCAAGUAUUUUAUUGGUUCAAAAUACGGUAGACACAUGGUUUUAUUCAUUCCAUUGGUAGUCUGUUUUGCUUAAAUAGGAAUAUUGGCCUGUCUCUAAUUCUGGCCUCCUUCCAAUUAUGGCCUGGUCCAAGAUGCACUUGAGUAAAUACAGGCCCCGGCCAAUAUUAGAGGAUUUACGGUACUUAGAUUUAUUGGAUCAGAAUUAUUAGCAUAGCUUAGCAUAACCACUGGAAGCAUAUGGGAACAUUAGCAUCAGCCACAAGUGAUCACUGGACGGGAUUAAAUAGCUGUUUUGCACUUUGGUUAAUUUUACAUUCAUUCUAAAGUACCGUAUUUUUCGGACUACAAGUCGCACUUUUUUUCAUGGUUUGGCUGGACAUGCGACAUAUACUCUGGUGCGACAUAUAUAUGUUUUUUUUCUCUCCACCGGAGAGCGCUAUGUGCGCAACUAGGCCUAUGUUGUGUUGCCUAAUACCACUGAUAGAAAAAAAUGUUACAACUUACCACAACAAAAAAUAGCAUUUACAAUGACGACUGAAUAGAAAUAUACCACCCAAAAGAAGUAAAUAUAGCCUACUGCUGAGUUCAAGCUGAAAGUAAUUAAAUAUGCAGCCGAAAAUGGCAAUAGGGCAGCUGAACGAAAGUUUGGAUGCAAUGGAAAACUGUUUGGGGACUGGAGAAAAGCGGAGGAAAAUGUGCAUGAGAAAAAUAUGUUGUGAAAAAAAGCUAUCUGAAGAUUCAAGGCCCAUGUCUAGAAGAAGAGCUGAAUACAGGACAAAUGUGUUCUCGAACAACGCGCGCGCUGCGAGUCAACGGUCUUGUUACGGGCUCCAUGACAUUGCCAAAGAAAUGAAUAGGACUUUUUGCGGAAGUCAGGGACCUCGUGGAUUUAUCGCGUUAUGCAAUGCAACCCCCUCUCGUGGAUUUAAUUUGCGCUAUGCAACGCAAUCGCCUCUCUAUCCGAGAACGAGCGUCUGUGUUAUUAAAGACAGUCAGCCGACUUCCAGGUGAAAAUCGGUCAUUUCCGCGAGUUUCUGACAAACGAGCACAACGUGACACUAGGCUACACAACAUGGAUGAAAUUCCCCUCACCUUUGAUACCGUCAUGGGCUGAAGUCUCAGAAAAGGGGGUAAAGAAAGGCGUGCUCAGUCUGGAGACGGAACAAAGUUGCCUCGAACCCUCCCACGGUCCAAACGCAAAACAAUGCCGAAAAUUGAAUGUUGCUCUGACUACAGGGCAACAUGGCGCGUUAUCACUGUUUCUUCUUCUUUUUCUUUUUGUGGUUUUAUGGCGGUUGGCAAAUUAUCUUAGUUGGUGCAUUACCAGCACCUCUGAAUGCGUUGCCACUGCUUCAGAUGCUGGUUUAUAAAACAAUGCCGUCUUUGAGCAGCAGCUUACCAUGCGCCAGCUAUCACAACAUAGAUUCCAUGGAUAGAAUAACCUUUCAAAAAUGUGCGACGAUUAGUCCGGUGCGACGUAUAUAUGUUUUUUUAAUCUUCAAAAUGCAUUUUUGGGCCGUUGCGACUUAAACUCCGGAGCGACAUAUAGUCCAAAAAAUAUGGUAGUUUAUAAUUACAUAUGAGAAUGUUUUGUUUGUUCUCAUAGAUUUGCAUUGCUAUGCUUUAUUUGGCUAUACUGUUAAACUAGGCAAUGCAAACACAGACAAAAAUGAUGUGCACAUUCUUCAUGAGUAAUGCAUGGAAAUACUGCAAAUAUCUGAAAAUCAAAAAAUGGUGGACUGCUUCUUUAAGUUUCCUUUAAGUUUCAAAUGCAAUGAUAGUCCACAGACUAAAAAAAAAGAGGAGGAUUCAAUAUAUUAAAAAGAGGAGGAUUCAAUAUAUUGUUUUAGUGCCUAUGUUUACACUAGCUGUAUAUUUGUAUGAUUUAUAUCGAACGGUUGGUUUUGAUUAAACUCGUAUCCUGGACUUUGAGUGUUGAUGUCACUUUAAACAGUUUGAUAAAUGUUGGUAAAUGUUGGUUCUAUCUGACAGGUCACUCC